AUGUGGGCAUGGGAACUCAAGGAGAUGCCGUCCGGCUGUCACAGCUCUGUGACAGUCCAGGGCCUGACCACUGACCAUGCCGAUCGCGGGGCCCGCAGUGAUCCUCAGCCACCUCGUUCUCUGUUUUCGUCGCUCCAGAAAACACCGCCAAGUACAACCAUGCCACCCAAGCAGAAACAAAAUUCGGCCCACCUUCAAGCCGACUUGAAAGACGAGCAGGUCCUACAGUCUGUCUUAUUAGUGGACCCAUUCGGUGCCCAAGACUCAUGGGGACCCUUGGCAAGACAAGCAAACGACGACGAAGAUGAUGAGAGUAGGGGUAGUAAAACGGGUGAAAGUUUGCCUUGGUGUCUCCUACCGCUAUUAGGUACCCCCUUGUUGUCGUGGACGCUCGAUUCUUUGGCUCUAGGUGGCGUUCAACAAGUCUUUUUGUUUAUUCGAGAUGGAACGGAUAUGGUCCGAUCGUAUCUCUCAACUACCUCGUAUCUUAACCCGGACUCCUCGAUGGUCGUUACGAUUAUUCCUACCACUUCAUUCACACCUGGGGAUGUCUUGAGAGAAGUUGAUUCAAGGGCACUCUUGAAAACAAAGACUGGAAGUGGCACGGAUAUAGGCACCUUCAUCUUGGCGAGGUGUGGCUAUAUCGGAAACCUUGAUCUUGCCAAGGCUGCCCAGAGAUUUACUGUCCGCCGGAAGGAGGAUGGUGGAUUACCAUGUCUCUCUGGAAUUAUGGAGUCGCGAACUAGCAGAAUGGGUUCAUCAAAUUCAACAGCCAUCCAUCUUCUCGAUCCGACCUCUCGAUUACUCUAUUUUCACACCGAACCGCACAAAUUCCCACGUCCUAAACGAAUUCAAAUUCCGCCAGAGCUGUUUCAUGAACCCAAAGAUCUUCUGAUGAGGUCCGAUCUGGAGUCGGUGGGGAUCGACCUAUGCUCGGUAGAAGUACCCCAACUGUUUACCGAAAACUUUGACUAUCAACUCGUCCGUCCAGAUUUCGUACAUGGAAUCUUGACCAGCGACUUGCUUGGAAAAACCAUACUUUGUGAGGUCGUCAAGGAAUCUGAAAACUUGGGAUCAGGUGCAAAAUGGGCAACUUUAGUUGGUGACGUCAAAACAUACGAUCGAGCCGCACGCGGUAUCAUAGCACGUCGGUCCCAGCCAUUUGUUUUGGAUCAGACUCGUUUGGAAGGCCAUCCUGUCUUUUCUCAGCGUCGAGGAAUGAUUUACAUUGGGAAAGACGUCGAUCUUGCUCCUGAAUCUAAGAUUGGCAACUCGACUUGUCUGGCGCCAAGCUGUACCAUCUCUCAUCGAGCUGAAAUCCGACAGUCAUACAUUGGAUCAUCUUCUCUAAUUGGAGACCGCUCUCAGGUUGAAGACUCAUACAUCUUCGAUCGCGUUACGAUUGGAUCCAACACAAAAAUCAAAAACUCGAUUAUCGGCUCAAAUGUAACGAUUAAAGCAGACUGUGUGAUUGAAGGGGGAUGCUUGCUAGGAAGUGGUGUAGUUAUUGGAGAAGGUAUUGUGCUCACAGGCGUCAAUGUUAGUCUCUCAGGGCCUACUGGAUCGGAUAAGCUGGAGGGGCCAGGGUCGGUUGGGGUCGUUUGGCCGCAAACCGAGGACUCAUCCAGUCAGAUAGGUACGCUCAAUGGCAACGCGAGCGAGGACAGCGAUGAUGAGCUGGGGAAUAUAGACAUAAGGAACUUGAAGUUUGCUCGAUUAGGUGCCACAUACCAGAACCAAGAUUUGGAGUCGCCAAACUCAUCUACCACAUCCCUUUCAUCACUCUCGUCAAAUGCAUCCUCUUCUCGAUCAGCGAACAUUCAAAAUAUCGAAUCCAUCGGAGAAGUCGGCUCUACCCAAGACUUCGUUGUCGAAUGUGUUCGCUCGUUAGAACGCGCAUUCGAGGAAGACCACACCGUCGAAAACGCAACAAUCGAGCUCAAAACCCUCAGAAUGGCUUCUAACGUACCUCAAUCGCAAGUUCGCAAAAUCGUCUUUGCUCGCGUUCUCACACUGGCGCAACACGAUCUAUCGAAGUUAAAUAAAUGGAUCCAAUUGAUUAAGAACAUGAUGAAUACUGCCAGCCAUGGUAACAAUCGCCGGACAGAGGAAGAAGAAGAAGAAGAAUUAGUUGAAAUGGUGGAAAUCUUGCUCGACUUACAAUCUUUCUGUUGCCUUGAAAAGAACUUUACUAGCUCUCAAUCUCAAGAAUCGGUCAAGUUCUUCUCGAAAUGUUUACAAGCAUUCUACAAUUUGGAGAUUAUCUCUGAAGAAUCGCUCCUCAAAUGGUUCAAAUCUGUGCAAUCCAAAGCUCUCAAACCUGUCCACCCCCUUCCCGAUAAUGACAAGGAGGAUGAGCAUCGAAGGAAUCAUUGUCUGAAGUUAAGGGAAGUCGGGGGGAAAUUGUUGCAAAUGUUGAUGGAGGCCGAAUCUGAAUCAUCCGACGAGGAUUAA